CGGGGUCACGUUCGAGCUGUGCGAUGCGACCCAAGCCGACUGGAACCGCUACGUCCAGUCCGAGCAGCAAUCGAUGCGGUCCCGUUGGAUGGUGUGGCUCGACGAUAGGAUCCUCAUUGUCGAGUUGAGGGGUGGUCUACACGAAGGCGUUGGUAUGGGCAUUCGUGGACGCGAUGAUAAAUGCAACCGGAACGGGUCAGAACCACUUGGUGUCUAGAGGGGCGAGUUUCAUUGGAAACCAUGAAGCUUUUUUGCGUGCCAACGUUGCCGCUCUUGAGCCAGACACCAGCUCUGGUCCUCGCAACGACCUUGCUGGAGUAGAGGUUCCACAUCGUUUUGAGGUGGGUUCCACACGCUGAAAGUGGAUGUUGGGAUUUGCCAAACCUGGCAGACAGAAGGUGGGUUAGACUUCAAGGCCAAUGCGUGGCGACAAUGUCCAGGCGUGUAAUACGUUCUCUGCAUUCACAUCAGCCCGGAACUCAACGUCUGUGAGUAUCCCUUGGAUUCCAUCGUACAUCGGCUAUUUGAAGCCCACGACUAUCGACAACAACACCGUCUUGGAGUUUGACACUUGGCGCUUACUGGGGUGUCCGCACGGUGCUAAUCUCCCUGCUGGCUUCAACCAUCCCGUUCAGUUCAACCUCUUCGACGUCGUUCAGCCGAUCCUGGCAGGGACAUCCCAAUACGGCGGGGGAGGGCAAGACAUCUCCCCCCAGCGGACGGACAACUUCCACGCCGCCGCCAGUGUCGUGAGUAGCCUCACCUCCCUGGCAGCAACAGCACAUUUGUUUUCUUUCAUACGUUCGCAGCAUUGUCACUCAUCGAAAAGCGGCUGCAAUCCAAUCCAACCAUUCUUCGAAUGGGUCGGUGGCGCUGGUGGAAUCCGAGUGACGUUCUUCCAGAUGUGUGCUGGAGUCAGCAGUCUGUAGAGUUGGCGGGUCAUGGUGAAAACCAGCCUGAGAGCAGAAGCACGGAGC